CAUAAUUUUCUACCAUGUCGCGUCUGAACGAAGGGCUCAUCGAGCUCAGCAGGCCCUCGACCUGCCACUUCAAGGAUCCGGACGACUACACGGACUCUGCGCCACGGACACCGGACAUCGAGAGCCCGCCUAGUAGGUCUACGGCGGCCGUCAACGAGUCUGCUCUCUACCCCGCGGACGGAGGUCUCCAUGCGUGGUGUUUUAUGAUAGCUGCCUUUUUUGUCGAAGCCAUCGCGUGGAGCUUCCCAUUCUCCUAUGGCGUGUUUCUAGAGAGUUAUCUGGACGAUCCCGUAUACGCAUCGCAGAAGAAUGCGGCGUCUUUAUUGCCAUUGGUUGGCACAAUUUCUUCCGGCAUACAGUACUGCUCCGGGCCAUUCCUCUACCCCAUUAUUAUCAAAUAUCCCCAGGUCCGUUUGCCUGCAGUCUGGCUAGGUGCCGCGCUAUGCGCGUCCAGUCUCUUCGCCGCAAGCUACACCACCCAGAUUGUCACGCUCGUCGCGCUCCAAGGCGUCUUAUACGCCAUAGGUGGUGCGCUUGUCUACACACCGACCAUCCUCUUCAUGUCCGAAUGGUUCAUACGGCUGCGCGGCACAGCGAGCGGCAUCAUCUUCGCCGGAACCUCCGUCGGCGGACUCAUCCUCCCACUCGUCUUCCCGCCCAUCAUCGCCAAGCACGGGGCACCGUACACCCUCCGCAUGUUCGCCAUCUCGAUCGCAUGUAUCAUGUUUCCGCUGCUGCCGUUUAACAAGGGCCGGCUGCCCAUCAGCAAGGUCCGCGGUCCUGCGCCGCGCGCGAGCAAUCGCGACUUCCUGAAGAAUAUGUCGUUCUGGAUCUAUAUCCUUGUCGACUUGAUCCAGGGCUUUGGGUAUUUCAUGCCUAUUGUGUGGCUUCCGACCUUCGCCAGCGACCAAUCUUUCAGCUCGCUGCAGUCCGCUAUUGCACUCGCCGCACUGAAUGGCGCCUCUGUCUUAGGCGGUCUCUACAUGGGAUACCUGUCCGACCGCUUCAACUCCUGGGCUUUGGCGCUUGGCUCCCUCAUAACGACCUGCCUCGCCACCUUUAUCCUUUGGGGCGUCGUCGGCAACACCUUCGCUGGCCUCAUCGCGUUCGGCAUCGUCUACGGUGUCGUCGCAGGCGGCUUCAGCACCCUUUGGACCACAUUUGCGCGGACGUAUGCUAAAGAAGAACCAGGCCUCUCCUCGACUCUCUUCGGCUACAUAUCCAUGUGCCGAGGCAUCGGCAAUGUCCUCUCCACGCCCAUCGCCACCGCCCUCAUCGGCAAGAGCGCGCACGCGAUGGCGGGCUCGGCGACUGGCUUCGCUGUCGGCGGCGGGCGGUUUGGAAGUAUGAUAGUAUAUUCGGGUACCUGCUUCGCGGGUGCUGCUGGACUGGCGGUCCUUGGGUGGAGGACGGAUAUGUGGGCGUUGCGGCGGCAGUGAGGCUUGAACACCUAAAGAAAAGUAUGAACAUACAAAAGAAAGCGGUAUGGAGUAGCUUGUUGGACCCGUUACUUACCGGACUUCGCUCUCGCAUAAUUGGACAUUGUGUAGAAUAACCAACAGUGUACAAGGGAAUCAGGGCACACACGAAGGAAUCCUCACUUUAUUUUUGCUUGCGCG